CAAGAGCCGCCACUUUCAAUUCCGAACGAGGACUUCUACUUUUUGCCUAAAACGAUGGACCAGAUGCAAAAAAAUUAGGGCUUAUCUCGGACGAGUUCGACAACGAUUCACAGCACUCAAGACCCUACCAGAGCCGAAAAAUUUCAUAGACUUAGACAUAAUUGGGGCUGAAUCCAGCGGGUCGGAUGGAGGGAUCUCUCCUGGAGCUUGGAGAACCCAUCGGUGACGCGAUCUCGAGGAUCCGUUUCGCCCCAAGAUCCAAUAAUUUGUUGAUCUCUUCCUGGGAUUCCGUUCUUAGAUUAUAUGAUGUGGAUGGAUCGGAGCGCAGAUUGGAAGCUCCUUCCGAAGCGGCCCUUCUCGACUGCUGUUUCCAGGACGAAAAAUCUGCCCUUUCGGCGGGUUCGGACGGCUGUAUUCGGAGGUACAAUUUGUGUUCCGGGGCUCAAGAUGUAGUGGGAAAGCAUGAUGAUUCGGCCAUCUGUAUUGAAUAUUCUGAGGAAACUGGUCAGGUUGUUACUGCAGGUCUUGACAAGACAUUAAUGUUCUGGGAUAUGCAUAUGGAAAAUGCAAAUAUUGGCUAUACAAGAAAGGGGGAUUCAGAUAUUUGGUCUAUGUCACUAUGUGGAUUUUAUCUAUUAGCAGCUGUUGGAAUAGCAGUAAAGGUCUACGACUUGAGAAAUUUGAAAGGACCUGUUCUAUCAAAGGAAUCCUCUGUGGACUUUCAUGUAAAAUGUGUUCGCUCAUUUUCUAGCAACCAAGGUUAUGCUGUUGGAUCAAUUGAUGGAUGUGUUGCAUUGAAGUAUUUUGACCCUCCAAAGGAAUGCGAGAUGGGAUGUGUUUUCCGGUGUCAUCCAAAGUCAAAAAAUGGGAGAUAUCAUCUGGUUGCUGUGAAUGAUAUUGGAUUCCAUCCACGCUAUGACACCUUUGUUACUGGAGAUGAUGACGGAUAUGCUAUUAUCUGGGAUGCUCAAAGCAGGAAGAAAGUGUUUGAGCUUCAAAGAUAUCCUAGCAGUGUGGCUUCUUUAUCAUAUAACUACAGUGGUCAGUUUUUGGCUGUCGCAUCCAGCUAUACAUUCCAGGAAGCAAAUGAAGUAGAGGAGGCUCCUCACGUAUAUCUACAUAAACUGGAUAACUUUGCCCGUCCAUCUUCCUCGGACAAAAUUUGAUCUUUUAUGACAUGGAUCACAAUUCUAAGCACAUGUUGUGCCCUCUUGUGAUGUGUAACAUGUAGUUGGUCUUUAGAGUUUUGGCACCAUUUUUUUUCUUUUUUUCCCCUUUUUUUUAUUGUUGGGGGCGGGGGGAGGUGGUGUUUCAUAGCUUUUUUACGCUACCUGGAUGUAAUUUUCCACAGCUUUUGCUAAAUACCGAUACACCAUUGACUAUAUUUUUUAU